AAACCAAAAGCAAGAGCCGUCACUCUCUUCUUCUUCUUCCUCGUCCUUUACCCUCUGCAAAAAAAUUCACUAAAUUUAGAUACGUUUGUUAUUAGAUUCGAUUUUUAUUCUCUGCUUAGAUCUCGUGAAUCCAAAUGGAGCAAGAAGAACCAUGUGAAGCGAAAGAAACAGCUUCUUCUUCGAUAGAGCCGAAAACACCAAACCCUAAUGUCCCAGAUUCGAUUCCUGCCAUUGAUUCCGAUUCUUCUCUUUCGGAAGAAGAAAUAGUUACAGAGAAAGACAGAGGAAUCGUCACUUUGUCUCCACUGUGUAAACAGAGGAUUGAUUCUGCUUCGAUCUCGGAUUGUGUUUUGGUAUCUGAUGACGAAAUUAUAGAGUCUCUUUAUCAGAAUCUGUUGAGAGUUAUUCUCUCAUUGCAGCAGAUUCAAAGUGUAGCUGUUGUUCCUGAGAUUUGGUGUUUUGAUGGUUGUAAAACACCGCCUCCUUCGUCUCGGAAUCUCGAUUCGAAUAUGGUUAGUGAUACUUGUCCUGGAGCUCCUAUGAAGCUCACUAAGAUAUCUAGGAAUAUUGAUUCUGGAUUAAGAAGAAAACUCUUCUGAGUCUUGAGUAUCUGACAUGGAGUUAAACUGACAUGACUUGUCGUUGUGUUGUAGUAAGCUAUAAGAGAUUUAGGGGUUUUUUAAACUCUUAUGGCUCUUGUGAUUUGACUUUUGUUUGUACAGUCUUGUUAGGCUUUUUAUGUGUAAUUGCUAGCUAAAGCUAGUUGUUGUUGUUGGAGACAUUCAGUUUCUGUUCUUUCUUUCUUGUCUGUAAUUUAUCAUGUUCAUGUUUCCUAAGAACUUAUGUAUGGUAAGGAAUCUUUAGAGGUAUUAUCUUUGUUGAUAUGUCAGAGCUUUGUUGGGUGUGCUCCUUUAUUGAUUGGUGUUUGUAGAAGGUUACCACUGAAUCAAUAUCUUUGCUCUACAAGUGAAACUUUGUUGUGGGAUAAGGUUGUGCAUAGAUCAGGCAAAUCGGAG